AUGAGCAGUCCCGCUGGGGAUGCCGUUGAUUCUCAUCAAGGACAGUUCCUCUCGCAGUCACCCGAGGUCGGGGCAUCUGGAGGACGCAGGCAUGAUGACUUCUCCGCUAGCAGCAGCGGCGGAGGGGGGGCGGCCAGCACGACGGGCGCGGGGAUCGGCGGCGGCGCGGAGUCGAUUGCGGAGUGGAAGCGGCGAUCAGCGGAAGCGGGCGCGCACUUCUUCCCCCUGCAGCGCGCGGAAGACGCCCCCAGCAGGGACGAGCUGCACCGCCAGAUUCUUGCACUCUCUGUUCCGCUAUGUUCCUCUCGCUGCAUGCCCCACUCGCUGCAUCCCUUCGACCUCCCUCCUCUGUGCCCUUUCACCCCUUUUUGCCCUUCCUCCCCGCAACCCCCCUCCUCCAACCACCAUCGCAUGCCUGCCCCCACCAGCGUGUAUCCGUACUACGUGAAUCUCAAGCUGGGGUCGCAGAAGCAGAAGUUCAGCAUGGCGCUCAACCUCAUUGUGCCGCACAUCUUCGUGCCCUGCGACUGCCUGCACUGCGGCUCCAUGCGCAAGGGGACCACCUACAGCAAGCCCUUCAGCACGCUCUCCUCAACAACCCUCAAGUACAUCUCCUGCAGCGACCAGCGCUGCCAGGGGGGCGUUGAAUCCGGUUUCUACGGCUGCAACACGGAAGGGUUCAACAACUACCUCAACCUCACAGGCCUGCUGCCUGGGAACGACGCUUUCUGCGUGUACAGAGCGCAGUCAGGAUCCUAUGAUUAUUAUGAAGCGGACUAUGAAGCAGGAUCGUACAUCACGUCACUGGGGCAUGUGGUGGAGGACACGGUCUAUCUCACUGCACCUGACGGAACCGAAGUCAACCGAUCCAUCAUUCUUGGCUGUGGAAUGAACCAGCAAGGACACUGGGGCAUGCAGGGGUGGCAGUACGGCUCGUGGUCAGCAGGAGGCGUGCUGGGGCUGGGGUGGAACAGCACCUUCCUCUGGCAGCUCGCCGGGGGGAAUAGCUCCUUCGCGGUGUGUUUGGAGGAGCCGGCGCCGACGAACAAGACAGGGUGGGAUGGCAAGGUGCCGCUGCAGACAGGCAGCAGCCAUCUCACCAUCGGAGCCACCGGCCUCCCUGCCGGCGCCAGCUACGCCACCUUGGAUUAUUGGGCCGGAAUGCAGUACAGCCACAUCACUCUCACCACGGCCAAGCGCGCCCUCAACAUCACAGACGACCCAGCCUACAUAGACACCAAUAGUGUGCCCUACGUGCCGGCGAAUUUCCCUGAGAACGCCACUCCGGGCUUUCUCUUCAUGCCCGAGUCCUUCGUGCAUCUCCUGCGCUACCCUCUCUUCAUGAGCCUCUGCGACGCGCCGGGGCUGCUCGGCAAGUACCUCUUUCUCGACUACACCAACGAGAUCGCAGGAUGGAUGGACGCCCCUCACUGUGGAGCUGAGCCUCUGCUACCGCCACCCUCCCCUCCUCCACCACCCGCGCCUGUUUCCAAUGGGGCCACCCACUCCCUCUCCCCGCUCCCGGCAGCACUCGCAGCUGCCGCCGUCCUUGCCACCUCCGCCGCCCUGCUUGCUCUCAGCCUCCUGUAG